AGAUGCGUCCGUAGGCUUGUCCUCUCCCAUCGGUCUCGUCGAACUCCGUGUUACUUUUGAAACGAGUCGAGUCAAUUAGAGACUCAGGGAAAGAUAUCUGCAUCGCAGAUUUGAGGUACAGAAGAAAAUACGAAUACAUUAGAUUCCAUGGCUGAUGUGUGUCUUCUGCCACAUCGAUCAUAGCCAGCCUUUAAGCAUACAGGAAUCUAAAGACCAAUGAUAAUGGUGGACUGGUGGCACAAAUUUAUGAGCUUUGGAAAUGUAAUAAAUUUAGUAAGCUUGUAGCGAAGAUGGCAGAGUUGGAAGCGGAAGAAAGAAAAACAGGGGAGGAAGCGAUUGUCACGGGUUCAUAUCGAAAGUUGAAGCUAAAACCUCGCCCCCUUUCUUCAACUGUCUCUCAUCCUUCUCUUUCCCCGACGCCGGACCGACACAUAUUCCUCCCGCCUUCUUCCUUCCUCGACACAAGGAUCGAGGCGCCUCGGAGCCGGAAGCAUUGAUAAUACGGCAAAGCCAUGGCGCACUCUGUUGUGUCCAGCGCGAUGGAGGGGUGUUGGGAAGGCGCGUCGGGAGGGGAAGUGGCGGAGGCGCACAAGCCGGUGCCUGCGCCGUUCCUGACGAAGACGUAUCAGCUGGUGGACGACCCCGCGACUGACCACAUCGUGUCGUGGGGCGACGUCCAGCCUUCCACCUUCGUGGUGUGGCGGCCGCCGGAGUUCGCCCGCGACAUUCUUCCCACCUACUUCAAGCAUAAUAACUUUUCUAGCUUCGUCCGGCAGCUCAACACCUACGGGUUUCGCAAGGUGGUGCCGGAGAGGUGGGAGUUUGCGAAUGAGUUCUUUAGGAAGGGGGAAAAGCACUUGCUCUGUGAGAUCCACCGCCGCAAGCCCUCUGCUACAUCGCCGUCUCUGUUCCCGCUCUACGGCAGCCACCACUUCGACGAGUACGGGCUUGACUGCUCACCCGUCUGGCAGCAGGACGUCGCCGUCACCGCUCCACCAUCGCGGAUACUCCUCAUCAGAGGCAACGACGUCGGCGCCGGCGCUGCUAAUGCUGGCGGCGGGCAUUCGACGGCAGCGUUCGCGUUGGCAGAGGAGAAUGAGAGAUUGCGACGGAGCAACGCGACGAUGACGUCGGAGCUGGCGCACAUGCGGAAGCUCUAUAACGACAUCAUCUACUUCCUGCAGAACCACGUCCUCCCCGUGGCGCCCAGCUUCGCGCGGUCACCGGCGGCCGCUCCCCUCCAUGGAUGCGGGAGCCCCACGUCGAGCAGCUCCCUCACCAUCGCAGAGGGCCUCUCGUCGCCUCAGCCACCCUUCCAACUCGAGGAAAACUGCGUCGGCCAACCCAAGCUGUUUGGAGUCAGGCUCGGCGGAUCGUAUUCUAGUAAUAAAAGAGUGCUCCAUCUCCAUGAUCCACAGCCAUCGACGUCGCCCACCACAAGACCGCGACUGUUCGACUUAAGCCUCAAUCUCACAUCGUCGAAGUCUUCGCCCUGAACACGAUGCCAAUAUAAUUCAUCUCCGAUCGCGUAGGAAGUUUUGUCGCAUUGAUCUCAAGUUCAAAUUGAUGUUCUCUUUUGUGGAUCACCAUGUUUAGCCUUCAGUUUUUCUCACGAUCUAUUUGCAUUUGAGAGAUUCUGUAAAUUAUCGACCUCAACAUUCAACAACCUAA